AUGAGGCGGGGAGCGGCAGCGGGAGCGGCAGCGGCAGCGGGAGCGGAGCCGGCGGCGGGACGGCGAGACCCGGCCUCGGCUCUCGCUGAGCCCGACCCCGAAGCCGAGCCGGGCCCCGAGGAGCGGAUCGCCGCCCGCCGUCGCCGCAUCGCCGACCGCCUCGGGGACAAGCACCGGGAGGAGCUUGAAGAAGAUGUGGAGCCAAAGGUGGAUGAGAAAGAGGAGGAAGAGCAGAGAAAGAGCCAUAAGCAGAUUGAGGAGAGCAGGCAGAGGCUGGCCAAGCUGCUCUUUGAAGGCACGCAGAUGGUGACCAACAUCCAGGUGGCUGCUGACUUGAGGGAAAUACAGAGGAGGGCAGAUGAGGCAGAGCUGAAGCUGCAGAGGGUGGAGAGGCUGGAGAACGAAGCCAAAUCUAGCACAUGCAAGUUUGAGGAGAUCACCUCCAAAUGGGCCUCGGCCAAGGAGAUAAAGAUCCCGCAGGAGCUGUGGCAGCUGCUGAACCAACAGCAGCAGCAAUGUGCACUGCUUCUGGAGAGGAAGAACAAGCUCAUUGGUGACCUGCAGGAGGAGCUGAAAAGCAAAGAUGAGCAGUACGUGCAGACCAUUAAGAAACAGUCGGAUGAUAUCCACCUGCUUUUGGAGAGGAUGGAGGAACAGAGCAGGUUCAUGCUGAAAAAUUACCGUCACCACCUCCUACAGAUUGAGGAAGCUUUUGAGAUGGAACGCCGAGAGCUGCUAGACAACAACAAGAAGAAGUGGGAGGAAAGCAUCCGGGCCCACAAGGCAAAGGAGAUGGAAUACCUGCAAAACCGUAUGAGGAAAGUGGAAGAAUAUGAGAAACAGCUGAAGCAGCUGUGGGUGCAGGAUGAAGAGGAGUACAACAACAUGAAGCUCCUGCUGGAGAACGAUGUGCAGAACCUAGAGAAGCAGCUGCAGCAUAUGAAAGCUGUCUAUCAGCUGAACCAGGAGAAGCUGGAGUUCAACCUUCAGGUGCUUAAGAAGCGAGAGGAGGAGAACACAAUCAUUAGAUCCCAGCAGAAGAGAAAGAUCAACAGGCUCUACAGCAUUCUCAGUAACCUGAAGACCAAACUGGCCAAACAAGAGAAGCAGUUCAGAGAGGAGAACCAGGCCCUGGCAGCUGACUGCAAGCGCAUCAGGGAGCAGUGCAAGGAGGUGCAGAGGAAGACAAGGCACUUUGCUGUCAGCGACGAGAAGAAGUUUGUGGAGGUCUGGCUGAUGAAUGAGGAGGAAGCCAAAGGGCUGAUGCGCAAAGCCCUCGAUGCCGAUCGUGUCAUUCACACCCAGCAACUGGGGCUGCCUUGGGAAGAGCCUCAGGGCUGGUUCCUGAACAACGUUGGUCCCCUUGGGAAUCCCAAAGCAAAGAGUAUGGCAACCGAGGUGGCUGUGGAGAUCCUGACAGAGAGCUGCUCUGGAGGACAGCAGGAGAGAGGGAGAGAGGAGAAGGAAGCAGCGGACAUUGGAGGAGGAGGAAGAGAAAACAUAGUGAAGAUUGAGGAUAGAUCCACAGCUCUGGGAAGUAUCUCCAAGAAGACUGCCAAGAGGAUCCUGGACCUCGUGAAAGCUGAGUCGACCCUUGAGAUCGAUGAUGAGGAUGUCCAGAAUGAGUUGGUUGAUUUUUUCCUGAAGUACAAAGCCCAGGAACUGGCUGCCAGCCAGAGCCAGGGCAGCCCAGGUGGAGAAGAUGUCAUGGAUCUGGCUGAAGACAGAAAGGACAAUGGAACUGGUGGCCUGACGGAAGAACUUGAAUCCCCUCAGAGCUUGCUGAGCUCUGUUCUGUCUGUGGACAUUGAACCUGAUGAUGUCUUAAAGAUCCUGAAAGCCUUUAUGAAGGAUUUUGGCAAGCUGAGGUCCCCAAGGGUGAAGGAUGAAUCGGUGAAGGAGGUGAAACAGGAACGGGACAGCUCGAAGGACGGGGAGUACUGGGAAGCCCUGGCACAUGUUAUCCCCGAGAGCACGUUGAAGCUGUGGGACGCGCUGACACUCGCACUGGAGGACUAUUACGAGGUCCUGAUGCGCCGGGCCAACCUGCUGGCCGAAGUAGCCACCCUGAAGCAGCAGAACGCGGAGCUGUGCCUGCUCCUGAAGGAGUACCUCACCUCUGGGUGAGUGGGGCAUCUGCCUCCCCUGGGGA